UAGCGAUGUUGUAAGUCGUAACUUUCCAACUCAAGUUUGAAAGCAGCUUCAGUCAGCAAAGAAAAAAAAAAAGUUUGAAAGCUUCUGCCCUCUCUGCUUGUGUGUUCAUCAACAGCUACUGCAGUGCAUUUCAAUUUGAAAUCGAUACUCUCCGAGUCUCCGUGUUUAGAGGCAGUGAUCACUCCGUUUGCUCGUGAAUGGAAGCUAUCAGAAAACAAGCCUCCAAGCUUCGAGAACAAGUCGCUCGCCAACAGCAGGCUGUGCUGAAACAAUUUGGAGGUGGGGGAUAUGGAGGUUCCGAUAAUAUGGUUACUGAUGAAGUAGAGCUUCAACAACAUCAGAAACUUGAGAAGCUUUACAUAUCAACACGUGCAGGAAAGCAUUAUCAAAGAGAUAUUGUCCGUGGUGUAGAAGGUUAUAUUGUUACUGGAUCCAAGCAGGUUGAAAUUGGAGCAAAGUUGUCAGAAGAUAGCAGGAAAUAUGGAUCGGAAAAUAAUUGCACUAGUGGUAAUAUGUUGUCGAGGGCUGCACUAAGUUACUCACAUGCCCAUGCACAAAUGGAGAAGGAGCGUGGGAACUUACUGAAAGCUCUGACCACACAGGUUGCAGAGCCCCUAAGAGCAAUGGUGAUGGGAGCUCCGUUGGAGGAUGCUCGGCAUCUUGCUCAACGUUAUGACAGAAUGCGUCAGGAAGCUGAAGCACAGGCUAUUGAAGUUUCCAAACGCCAGGCAAGAGUAAGAGAAACACCAGGAAAUGCUGAAAGUGCUAUGAAACUAGAAGCAGCGGAAACAAAGCUGCAAGACCUGAAGUCAAACAUGACCAUAUUGGGUAAGGAAGCUGCUGCAGCAUUGACUGCUGUUGAAGCGCAGCAACAGAGGUUAACCCUCCAGCGUCUUAUAGCUAUGGUUGAAGCAGAGCGUGCCUAUCAUCAGAGAGUACUCCAAAUACUUGAUCAACUUGAGGGAGAGAUGAUAUCAGAAAGACAACGAAUUGAAGCCCCUCCUACACCUAGUGUGGAUAACAGCAUGGCACCACCCCCAUCAUAUGAAGAAGUGAAUGGUGUCUAUGCUUCUCAGACACACAAUGGCAUGACAGAUAGUAUGGGUUACUUCUUAGGAGAGGUUUUAUUUCCAUAUCAUGCUGAGUCUGAAGUUGAACUGAAUCUAUCCAUUGGGGAUUUUAUUGUUGUUCGAAAGGUUACAAACAAUGGAUGGGCCGAGGGUGAAUGCAAAGGGAAGGCAGGUUGGUUUCCAUUUGGUUAUAUUGAAAGAAGGGAUCGAGUUCUUGCAAGCAAGGUGGCUGAAGUGUUUUGAUUUUCCCUGUUGGGGUUUGUUUCUUACCCUUGGUUGUAUGUGUUGUUUUUGUGCUUAAAAGUGGAUAGUGGUCAUAGACUCAUAGCAUAUAUCUUGACUUGUGAAUUGUUGUAUAUGUGAUUUUCCCGUGAUUGUUGAUAUAUGAUUCCCCUUGUCAUUCUUGCUA